CAUGGCCAGACUAGGGAAGGAAACACCGUGAUGAUGUUGUUUGUUUGCUAGUUUUUUUUUAAGAGAAAGGAAAAACAGAGGAGAAGAGGAAAUGACGGAUCAUGAGAUAUCUCAAGCCUUGCACUCUCUCCUCCACUCUUCCUCAUCUCAAUCAUCUCGCCUUGAUUCCCCGUCACCUCCAUUUACCUCCCUCUCCUCCAUAGUCGGCGACCUCGAGCUCAAGCUUGGUAUCGGUCUAGCCCACAAAACAGACUUCAUUCGCGCUCAAAUCCAACAAUAUCUUCUUUUCCAACCUCCACCUCCACCUCCACCGCCUCAUCUUCAAUCGCAACAAUAUCAACCACCGCUCUACCUCCAACACCAGAACCAGCCUCAUUCAUAUCAGUACCACCUUCAUCAACAGCACCAACCAUUUCAACACCAACACCCGCAGAUACAUACACACCAACCAUUAUCGUUGAUUCAGCCUAAAGAACAUUAUGCCUUCCAGCAAACUCCCCAUUUUCAUUCGGAUAUUGCUUCCCCAAAUCUGUUCUCCUCUUCUUUUCCUGGAGGCUUGUCCUUCCACUCCAUCCCUGCUCAUUCGGUCAAGCCCGAUAACACCACCACCACCAUCGACCCUUCCAAGGCGAGUGGGUCGAGUAAAGCAAAAAGGAGAGGCGGGGCCGGAGGUCUGAACAAGCUCUGUGGCGUUUCACCGGAGCUUGAGGCUGUUGUUGGCCACCCAGCUCUUCCGAGAACAGAGAUUGUGAAGCAGUUGUGGGCAUACAUCAGGAAGAACAACCUCCAGGAUCCGAGCAAUAAGAGGAAAAUAAUUUGCGACGACGCUCUGCGUGUGGUGUUUGAGACGGACUGUACUGACAUGUUCAAGAUGAACAAGUUGUUGUCUAAGCACAUCACACAUCUCGACCCUAAUAAGGAGCCCAGUUCUAAGAAACAGAAGGUGGCCAGCGAAGAGAAAAAGUCUUCUUGUGUGACACAAAUCACUGUGUCUGCAGCUCAAUUGUCUUCUCCCUCUCCAGCUCCAUCGCUAGCUGCUUCUCCAGCUCAAGGUCCAACUCCUCAUUUUGUCGGGAUAUCAGAAGAGUUGGCCAACUUCUUUGGUGUUGAGGUGAGGGAGAUGCCCCAAUCCAAAGUUUUGAAUCGCGUGUUAGAAUACAUCAAUUCCAACAAUCUAAAGGACCCCGUUAAUCCCGGAGUGAUAGUAUGUGACAUGAAGCUUCAAGAGCUCUUUGGCUGUCAUAGUUUCCCAGUUGAGAAGAUCAUGGACAUCCUAUCCUGCCAACACACAUUUAGGAUUUGAGUUUCUGCAAAUGAUGGGUUGCUUGUUGCCAAAGUAAAGGGUUGGUCGUAUAAAUAGUAAUGAUUGAAUAGUAUUUCUCCUCCCUCUUUUGUUUCUUACUUGCUUAACAAUGUUGACUGAUUGCUAACCUUUUUGUGGAUAUAGUUGGUUGUUUAUUCAUCCC